UUGACGCACGCAGCCGCCUCUCGCAGGACAGACUCACACCCGCGGCUCUUUCAGCUCAUGCACCACAGACAGUGCAGAGCCGGGCCAUGCCACAGCAGGAGCAGCAGGACUUCAUGGAGAGCCUGGAGGGGGCGCUGUCGUGGAUGCAGAGCACUCAGGAGCGACUGAGAGCCAAUGACAACACCCAAGGGCCCCGGGACGCUUUGGAGAAACGACUCAGGGAGACGGAGAAAAUCCACCAUUCGGAGCACGAAGGUCGCGUGAAAAUGGACCUGGCGAUUAUGGCAGCUGAGCACCUUUUGCAGAGUGAAGACGAGGAGCUGAAAAGCCACACCCUGGGCAAACUGCGAGAGCUCAAAGCCCAAUGGGACGAGACGUCUACGUACAUUAUCCACUGUCACAGUCGCAUCGAGUGGGUGUGGCUGCACUGGAGCGAGUACCUAAAGGCCUACGAGGAGUUCGAGUUGUGGUUGACCCGACAGCAGCGCGCUCUCGCUCUGGGGGUGGAGCUGCAGUUGGGGCUGAAGGAGAAGCUGUGGCAGGUGGACCAGCAGAGGGUGCUGUUGAGCGACGUGCGGAGCCAGGCCGCGCUGCUGGAACGACUCCUGGACGAAGCGAACGCGCUGCACACCCGCACGCAGGACCCCAGCGUCGACCCGCACGCCCAGGACAAGAUGCAGGCCGACUACAACGACGUGCGGGACAGAGCGGAGGAGCGGCUGUCACUGCUUCAGAAGAUCGCAGAGGAGCACCAGACGUACCAAGGCUGCGUGCAGAAGUUCCAGACCUGGCUGGUGUCAAAAACCAGAGAACUGACGGAGCUGAUGGAGAAGGAUGACCCGGCGGAGAACAAGCUGCAGGCGCUGAAAGCCUUGGACGACAGCGUGGCCAGCGAGGAAAAGACCCUGCUUCACAUCGAGUCUUUGGCGGAGGGCGUGCGGGCGAACACGUCUCCAGCCGGGGCGGAGCAGGUGGUGGAGGAGGCGGAGGAGCUGAGGCUGGGCUGGCAGAGGCUCAGACAGGGGCUGUGUGAGGCCGAGGACGGGCUGAGGGCCAGUCUGGACUCUCACCAUCAGUACAUGUCCCGCUGCCACAGGCUCGGAGAGGACAUCAGCCGCCUCCGACAGCUCCUGCUCAGUCUGGAGCAGGAGAUGGAGGGCGAGGAGGGCGCUCCACACACGGAGGAGCAGAUGGUCGGCCAGUGGAGGACCUACACGGGAGUGAAAAACACUUUGGCCGGGGAAGAGUUUCAGGUGGAGCAUCUUAAAGCUCAACUUAAAGAGCUCUUUCGAUUCUCUGGGGACUCGCGACACCUCUCAGACGACGUGCUGGCUGUGGUCAAAGAGCAUCAGAGUGUGAAGUGCCGGGCGACGCGUCUCUGCUCAGAGUCGGAGUGUGGUCUGAGGAGCGCUCUGCAGGACCCUCUGCUGAUGUUUGCUCAGUGGAGCCUCCUGGUGUCUCAGGCCCUGGAGGCAGAGGUCACAGACUUCUCCCACAUCGCCAUGCUCGUCCAGAAGAUCGAGCGCCUCCUUGUGGACAGUGCUGAGCUGCAGGAGAAGCUCGGGCAGCUGCAGGCGAAGGGCGACCUGUUGGACUCUGUGUUUGGACGAGACAAAGCCAACACUUUACAGACGGAGCUCAGCGCCGCCGUAAGGAACAGAGAACUGCUCCACUCACAGCUGCUGCAGAGGAAGAGCAGGCUGCAGGGUUUAAUCUCCAGAACCAAAGACUUCGGUGAUGCCCAUGAGCUGAUCGGCGUCAGACUGGGGGGGCUCAGGGACCGACUGGCGGCCGCUGACGGUCUGCAGCCCGACAUCCUCGCCAAGAAGAGCCAGGCCGACCAGUUCAGAGUGAUACAGAAGGACCUUGAAGAUUGCGAGGCUCAUAUCGCCGCCUUGGAGACGCUGGUGUCCUCCAGUCCCUCCAACAAGACCCAGUUUGAACGACUCUACGGCGAGUGGAAAAAUCUCUACGCCGUCGUCAAGAUGAAGGUUCACGACAGCGAGGAGAACAUCUCGGAGCACGAGAGUUUUCAUGACGAUUUACUGAACCUGGAGAAGUGGAUCAUGAUCAUGAGGCAGAAGCUCGAGUCGUUUCACAGCUCGUCUGGAGAGUGCAGUGUGGAGGGCCGCCAGCAGGAGGCGCAGAAAGUCCUGGCUGAGUUUCCGGAGAAGGAGCUCCAGCUGCAGAGGACAGAGGUCAAAGGUCACUCGGUGUUGGAGAAGACCUCGGAGGACGGCAGGGUCCACAUCCUGAGGGACAUGGAGAGACUGAGAGCGUCCUGGGCGUCUCUGUACAACAUGAGUCUCAGUUUGGACAGGUUUCUCAAAAUGUCCAUGGAUCAAACCGACGCCGACUCUUGGAAGCUAAAAGACACUUCCACCACGGGCGUUUUCGUUAGCGACAACGCCGAGAUCAAGGCGGGGAGCAGCUCUAGCCCGGCCUCACAAAACGAUAAAAGGUCAGGCGACGUGUUCCCAAAACUGUCUUUCUCCGGACCAGAAGGGAGUCUGGAGGCGGACUUUGAAGACGACGAUAUUAUCGACCAAAGCGGCUGGCUGGAAGGGCAACCUCGGGGUCGUUUUGUCGCAUCUUCCCAAAACAAAAAGGGUGGGGGACUUUCACAUAGCGAUAGGACGGGCAGCGGGACGUCCUGGGGCGACGAUGAAACGGACUCCCCCGCGUGGGUCCUCCGCAAAAGGAAAGAUCAACGCUCCGCCGAGGACGUAAUCGUAGACGGAGACUCGGGGGUUGAUAAUUUGAAAAUGGGAGGAGGAAGAAGAAGAAAUCGAGUUGGGGUGUUAUCGGUGGACAGUGUGGGAGCAGCGGUGAUAGAUUCCACGACGGUGAUGAGAGGAGAGGAGGAAGAAGAGGAGGAGGAAGAGGGAGGGCAGAGGUACAGAGAGGGCAGUGUGGAGGCAGCGGACAGGCCAAGCUACGGAGGAGGAAGAGCAGCAGGAGGAGGAGGAGGAGGAGGAGCUUUUGUCCAGUUCAAACAGAGCACAGUCACACCAGAGUCUCAACGCUCCUCGGCUUCAUUUGACCGGACGUCUCAGGACGGAGCGGCUGAGGUGACGACGAGAGACAUUCGACAAACGGACGACGCUGAAACUCUCCACGGAAAGGAGAGGAGCAGCGGGGGAGAGCGGCACAGACUCCGGUGGAGCGAGUUUGAACAGUGGCUUCAAAAAGAGAACGCCGUUUUCUCAGAGGUUCUCAAAUCUUAUUCUGGUCCAAUGAGCGCUCAGGAGCUCAAAGUCGCCCAGACCAAGAUCCAGACCCUGAGAAAGAACGUUCCCUACGGUCAGGACCUGUUCCAGCAGCUGCGCGUCUCUUUCGGGGAUGAGGACGACCCGGAGACGCUGGCAGAGAUGGAGGAUUUACGUUACAGAUGGAUCCUGUACAAGUCCAAACUUAAGGAUCCACAAUCAGCCAAAGCAGGAGACGCAAAUCUCACCUCACAGACUCAGUCCAAGCCUCAGAAGAAGGCGGGGCUGCUGUAUCGCGUCUGCUGUCUGGCUCUUCCUCUGUGGCUCCUCCUCCUGGCGCUCCUCCUCCUCGCCUUUUUACUGCCGCUCCCCGAAGAAUCCAACUCCUGCUCGCUCUCCAACAACUUCGCCCGCUCCUUCAACAUCAUGCUGCGCUACCAGGGACCCCCGCCCACCUGAGAGCUCCACCCACCUGAGAGCUCCGCCCACCUGAGAGCUCCGCCCACCUGAGAGCUCCGCCCACC